UCCAUUGCUUUUGGUCAGUGGACACCCCUCGCUCACCAGCAGACAGACAGGUGUAACCAAAGAUAAGGUCCGGGACAGACAUGGGAUGGCCACUGCUCCAGCUCCUGCUCAUCGCCGCCACCACCACUGCAGCGGCGUCGUCCUCAGCGACGACGCCUGACGGGCCGGCGCCAUGGCCGGAGCAGUUCCACGCGGUGCUGUUCACGAACCUGACCAACGUCUCGUUCGCAUCGACGAGCCCACCGCUCCGCCUGCACGACCUCUACUACGACUGGCCGCGGCGGCGCAACCUGAACCUGAUCCGGUACCAGCUGUCCCGCGACCCGCUGUACGACGUGGAGUGGAACAACGGCACCAGCUUCUACUUCGACUCGGCCACCUGCCGCACGCUGCAGUUCCCCGUCGGCAUGCUCCGCCCCGGGUGGAUCGCCGAGGGCGGCGCCGUCUACCUCGGCCGCGAGACCACCGGCGGGAUCGACUGCCACGUCUGGGGCAAGGCUGACUUCAUCGUCUACUACGAGGACGCACUCACGCGCCGCCCCGUCCGCUGGAACUUCAUUGAUGUGACGGGGAUAGAGCAGUUUGUGAUGAGCUUCGAGGUGGGCGUGGUGCUGGAAGACGAUUCGCAGUGGCAGGCACCCGCGCACUGCUUCCUGGACGACGCAGCCAACAAGACCAACGAGCACGACGAUCAUGUCGCUGUUUCGAAUGGCGUCAUGGACGCGCUCAGGCUAUUCAGGAAGUUUGCUGGAGCUGCCGCCGCCUACUGAUAAUGUCUGAAUAUGAAUACUUGGUGUUUUUUUUUCACACCUUGCUACUGGGGAAAUGGUUCAUCCAACCAUUGCUACUGGGGAUGGCACUCUGGAAAAACUCACGCUGUUCAGUUUAAUUUCUUUUGUACCAAAGUUUACCUGUUUUUUCUCCCAUGGACAAGUACUGAUCACAAGGCAACUAUUGAGUGUGACUUAUAGCUUACUUAAAGAUAACACCUUUCUGCCUGCAUCCAUCAAUAUUUUGAAAUUUC